AGCCCUGGUCCAGCCCUCCGCAGGGCUCCAGGACGAGCGCUCAGCUGGCGCAUCUGGGCCGGGACAGUGACAAUGUUUAGUGUCAUCGGCGACAAAUACACGUACAGGGGACCCCAAUAGGCAGGCUGGUGUGUCGGGGGACAGCAAGCCAGGAGUGAAGUCUGACAUAGGUGUGUACACACGCAUAUGUGUAGCUGGCCACAUAUGUGCGUACUUUAAGGAAAGACUAGUUUUGUUUUUGGUUUUGGUUCCUGGGGUGAAUUUUCUGUUGAACAUUUUUCUCUCUUAUUUGAUUUUUUUUCCAUUAAAAAAAACUUUAAUAUAAAAAGUAUAAGAAUCAUACCGAAAAGACUGAGGCGUGCGGCAGACGGCAAAUGGAUCCCGUGGCCAGCAGCUGCAUGAGGAGCCCCCGCCCCCCUGCCUCUGUGUGGGGCUGCCUUCGAAAUCCCCACUCGGAAGGCAGCGGGGCCUCCGGGCUCCCCCACUACCCGCCGACCCCGUUCUCCUUCCACCAGAAACCAGACUUCCCGGCGACAGCGACAGCAGCGUACCCCGACUUCUCGGCCUCCUGCCUGGCGGCCACCCCACACAGUCUGCCCCGGGAGGAGCGCGUCUUCACUGAGCAGCACCCCGCCUUUCCACAGCCCCCCGACUGGCACUUCCCUGUCUCGGAGGCCCGGCGCAGGCCCAAUCCGGGCCCAGCUGGGGGCUCCAGGGAGAUGGGGGCCAGCAGCCCAGGCUUGGUAGACGCCACGGGAGGCCCAGGCGAGGACUAUGAGGUCCUUGGGAGCACUGCCAAUGAGACGGAGAGGAAGUCAACCAGACGGAAAAAGGAGAGUUCAGACAACCAGGAGAACCGAGCAAGAGUGGAGGGCGGCAGCAAGGCCCGCAAGGAGAGGACGGCCUUCACCAAGGAGCAGCUUCGGGAGCUGGAAGCCGAGUUCGCGCACCAUAACUACCUGACCCGGCUCCGGAGAUACGAGAUCGCUGUGAACCUGGACCUCUCCGAGCGCCAGGUCAAAGUGUGGUUCCAGAACCGAAGAAUGAAGUGGAAGCGUGUGAAGGGGGGUCAGCCCAUCUCCCCCCAUGGGCAGGACCCCGAGGAUGGGGACUCUGCAGCCUCUCCAAGUUCAGAGUGAGAGUCUCCAUGGAAAAUAAAGGACUGAGGACUGAGCCCCCUGCCCACCUCCCCUCCCCCAAUCCCAGCUUCACCUUCUCCCACCCCAGGACAGCCUCCUUACAUCUCGCAGUGACUCUUGGAUA